AAACUCUUGGGAGUCUUGCGGCUUGCCCACUUCUUCCAUCUCUCGAAAGACUCGACUUGCAGACUUUUACCAGUCUUGCUCCUACAACCUCACCUCGCCUCGCCUCGCCUCGGCCUAUUCACAACGACCAAAUCGACAACAUGGCCGACAACAAAGUCGUCCUCUACGACCUCCCCAGCAAGGGCCGGAGCGCCUGCUGGUCCCUCAACCCCUGGAAGACCCGCCUAGUCCUCAACUUCAAAAACAUCCCCUACGAAACCCAAUGGGUCGAAUACCCCGACAUCGAACCCCUCUUCAAAUCCUUCGGCAUCCCCCCCCAAACCGGCGAGAUCGCCGCCUACACCAUCCCCGCCAUCCGCACCCCGCAGGGAAACUACAUCAUGAACAGCCUCCCCAUCGCCCAGGCCCUCGAGGCCCUGCAGCCCGAGCCCUCACUGCGCGUCGACGACCCAGCCGUCUCCCGCGUCCAGGCCCUCGUCCAGGAGACCCUCAUGGCCCUCGCCGCCGUCCUGCUGGCCCCGGUCCCGCGCGACCUCCUCCGCGAGGCGUCCGUGCCGUACUUUGAGGAGACGAGGAAGAACCUCUUCGGCAUGUCGCUGGCCGAGCUGGAGGAGGCCAAGGGCGGGGACCCGGCUUGGGAGGCGGCGAGGCCUCUCUUUGCCAAGGCGGGGGCGGCCUUGAGGGAGGUCCCUGGGCCUUUCUUCUUGGGUGAAAAAGUCUCGUACGCCGACUUUGUGUACGUUGGCCUCGUCGAGUUUAUCCGCCGAACCAAGGGCAUCGAGUACUACAACCGUGUCGUGGGCUGGGAGAAGGAGAUUGGCGCGCUGUACGAUGCUUGCGCCAAGUGGGUGGAGCGUGAUGACCUUUAAACACCAAAAACAUCUGUAUUCAUGUGGUUUGUAAGACCAUGGAACGACAAGAAAUAGAUCAUAAACUCACAUCAUAACGUCUGACGGGCACAUGUAACUUCCCGAGACGUCCAAGAAAAGGAAAACAGACAUUAAGAGGGGUAUCGCCCUAACAGCUCUCCUUGCCAGAAUUAACAAAAGAAAAAGACUCCACGCUGAAUGCUGCAUGAGAAAACCCACCG